AUGUUAGGAUUUCUUUCGGAUUAUUGGAAGCUGCAAGUCCGAUUGAUUGUGAAUAAAAUGGAAAGGAAAUCGCUUUAUUUCUUUAUCAAAUCAAUAUCAACUUCAAACGAAGCUAAAGCCAAAAUGGUAAAAGAAAUGAAACUGUUUGAAAAAGAAUUAUAUUUUUAUAAUGUCAUUAAAAGGCAAAUUGGAAUACCAGAUCUAAGACCUUGGAGUGCAACACUUAUAACUACUCUUGAUGAAGCCAUGGUUUUCGAAGAUUUAAAUGCAAUGCAAUAUAAAACGAAGAAUAAAUUCGAUAGAUUCGAUGAAGCACACACGUUGCAAGCUUUAAGCACUCUUGCUAGAUUUCACGCAUCCUCUAUUGUUUAUGAAGAAAGAAAAAGCAAAAAGCUGUCGAAAAAGUACUGUAUAAACGAAGAGUUUGAAAACUAUUUAAAUCAAGGAGGAUACAAUAUUUCUGACCAAUGGUUUGUCCAAUGUAUGACAGGGGCGUUACAGGCGGUUAAAAAGUUUUCUAAAUAUGGUAAAGAUAAGAGUUUGAUGAACACAGUGGAAAAUAAAUGGAAAGACAUAUGGCAUUCUGGCUUAAAACUCAGCGACUUCUCGCCAAAGCGUCGUUGCGUUAUCUGUCAUCGAGAUUUGUGGAACAACAAUAUUCUCUUCCGUUAUAAAGAGCUAUCAGAAAAUAAAUUGGUGCCCGUGGACUGUUUACUAGUCGAUUUUCAGGCAGUUAGAUAUCAAGAACCCGCUGGUGACGUAAUGCUUCUUCUUUACUGUAAUUUAGACCCCAUUUAUCGAGAAACUAACAUGCAACUUUUUUUAAACUAUUACUAUCAAGAACUUGAACAUAUUCUAUCCAAACAUGAUAUAAAAAUUAGUGAUAUUUUCAGUAAAGACAGUUUCAUUUGUUCCGCAGAAGAACAAAGAUUAUGGGGUUUAAUCGUAAGCGCUUGUUUAACUCCGCAGUUUUGGCUUGAUGAGACCUUGACAACACAAUUUUUUUGCGAUACGGAACAAUUUAACCAAAUACUUUCUAAGGAUAAAGGCGCGUUUAUAAAUAAAAUGAUAGAGGAAAACGAAGAUUAUAAAAGUACAGUUUUAUGUAUUUUUGAAGAAAUAGUAGAGAGGUAUUGUUUGAAUUGA